UAAACGUCAAAGUCUAUCUGGUCAAAACAAUAUUUUGAGUUGUUUUGAUAAUAUAUUAAUUUUAGUUUAUUAAGAAUAUCAGGGUGAUGUGUUGAAAACGUUGUGAGACUAUGAUUGCGUGUGUAUAGUGCAAAAUAUUAAAGUUUAGUUCUAAGUUAAUUUUGUGUGGCUACAGGAACAAGAUCUUUGGAGUCCAGCUGGUUUCAAACGGAAAAGUGGAGACCUGAGGAUGUCAGAUGAUCCAGGCCCAUCGUCGUUAAGUUCAGAGAUGGCGCACGAGAGCGGCGGCGCGGAGAGCUCGCCGCAGCACACGCCGUCGCCGCCGCACGCGCCGCGCCUGCCGCCCGCCGACACCAGCUUCCACCAGCAGAUCAUGCAGAAUCAGAGCCCAAGAAAGAACCAUAUUGCGGAGAGAGCGAAACAAACUUUAGAAAAUAGUUUCCUGUUACAAUUAAAGAAGCAGCAACAGUUGCAACAAGAGAUAUUGUUGCAACACUUUCAACAGCAACGGCAACAGUUGGCAGAGCAACAUGAGCAGCAAAUCAGACAUCAUUUGAAGCUGUGGGAACAGCAGAAAGCGAUGGAAGAGGCGGCGCUGCGCGAGGCCCGCGAGGCGCGCGAGGCGCGGGAAGCGCGCGAGCGGCACGAGCGCGACCGCGUCGAGCUCAUGCGCAAGAAGGACAAGCACGAGCCCUGCGCCACCGCCUCCACGCAAGUCAAACAGAAGUUACAGGAAUUUUUAAAGAAAAAACAGGCUGCAGCGAAUGCUAAUGGAACAGUACCUGGAUCACCUUACAGAAAUUGGGGCAUAGUGAAGUCAUCGUCGGGCGAGUCGAUAACGUCGACGGGCGCGACGGCGACGGCGCACCCGUACCGGCUGGCGGCGCCGCUGCCGCUCGCGCUCAACGCGCCCGCGCCGCAGCCCUCGCCCGCAGACUAUCCGCUCAGGAAGACCGCGUCGGAGCCGAACAUGCUGAAGGUGCGUCUGAAGGCGCGCGUCAUCGAGCGCCGCGCCUCGCCGCUCGCGCGCCGCCCGCUCAAGACGAGGCACAAACACCGCAACUGCGAGGGCAGCUCGGAGCGCGGGUCGCCGCCGGGCGCGUGCCCCACGCCCAUCCGCGAGGAGGAGGAGACGGGCCGCUCGCCGGAGCUGCUGUUCUCGUCGCCCUCGCUGCCCAACAUCUCGCUGGGCCGCCCGCCGCCGCCGCGCCACCACGCGCCGCAGACGGUGACGGUGUCGCUGCCGCCGGUGUGCGAGGCGGAGUGCGGCGAGGCGGGCGCGCGGCUGGCCAAGCGGCCGCUGGGCCGCACGCACUCGGCGCCGCUGCCGCUCGGCGACCCCGCGCUGCACCCGCCCUCCGCGCACCACUACCUGCGCGACCAGAUCCGCAAGACGGUGCUAACGCGCGCGCACGACGCGGCGGCGGCGCAGCUGCGCGAGGAAGAGGGCGAGGUGAUCGACCUGACGGCGCGGCGGCCGCCCGCGGCGGGCGGGGCGCCGGCGGGCGCGGCGCCCCACGGGCCGCCGCCCCUGGGCACGGCGCCCCCGGCGGUGGGCGCGGCGCCGCUGGCCCGCGCGCUGUCGUCCCCGCUGGUGGGCGCGCGCACCCCCCCCACCGGCCUCGCCUACGACGCACUCAUGCUCAAACAUGGAUGCGGGUGUGGCGCGCACGCCCCCACGCACCCCGAGCACGGGGGGCGCUUGCAGUCCGUGUGGGCGCGGCUGUGCGAGACGGGCUUGGCCGCUCGCACUGAACGCACGCGGCCCAGGAAGGCCACCUUCGAAGAGUUACAGUCGGUGCACACCGAGGCGCACGUGUACGCGUUCGGCGGGCGGUCGCGCGAGCGGGAGGCGCGCGCGGCGGGGGGCGCGGGGGCGGCGGGCGCGGGCGUGGGGGGCGCGGGGGCGGGGGCGGCAGGCGCGGUGGGGGCGGCGGGGGCGGGCGGCGCGGCGGCGGGGGCGGGCGGGCCGCGCGCGCUGCGGCUCGUGCGGCUGGCGUGCGGCGGGCUGGGCGUGGACGCGGACACGCCGUGGAGCGAGGCGCACACGCCGGCCGCCGCGCGCCUCGCCGCCGGCGCGCUGCUGGACCUGGCGCUGCGCACCGCGCGCAACGAGCUGCGCAACGGGUUCGCAGUAGUCAGGCCGCCAGGCCACCACGCCGAGCCCAACCAGGCGAUGGGCUUCUGCUUCUUCAACAACGUCGCCGUCGCCGCCAAGCAGCUGCACCAGCGGCUCGGCCUGCAGAGGAUACUCAUUGUCGACUGGGAUGUGCACCACGGAAACGGCACGCAGCAGAUCUUCUACGAGGACCCGACGGUGCUGUACAUCUCGCUGCACCGGCACGACGACGGCAACUUCUUCCCGGGCACGGGCGCGGCCAGCGAGUGCGGCGCGGGCGCGGGGCUCGGCUACACCGUCAACAUCGCGUGGCCCGGCCACCCGCCGCUCGCCGACGCCGAGUACCUCGCCGCCUUCCGCACGCUCGUCAUGCCCAUCGCCAAGGAGUACGACCCCGAGAUCGUGCUGGUGUCGUGCGGGUUCGACGCGGCGGGCGGGCACCCCGCGCCCAUGGGCGGUUACAGCGUGUCGCCCGCCUGCUUCGCGCACAUGACGCGCGACCUCAUGCAGCUCGCCAACGGGAAGGUGGUGCUGUCGCUGGAGGGCGGGUACGACCUGGCCGCCAUGUGCGACUGCGCGGCGGAGUGCGUGCGCGCGCUGCUGGGCGAGCGCGUGGCGGCGCCGGCGCUGAGCGAGCUGGCGCGCGCGCCCGCCGCCCGCGCGCAGCUGGCCCUGCGCGCCGCGCUGGCCGCGCAGGCGCCGCACUGGCCCGCCGUCAAGCGCUACCUGCCGCUCGUGGCCGUGUCGGCGCUGGACGCCGCGCCGGCCGUGGCGGGCGCGCGCCUGGGCCGCCUGCAGACCGAGCGCGACGCGGCCGACACCGCCGCCGCCAUGGCGACGCUCUCCAUGCACCCGCCGCACGCGCACCCGCCGCACCCGCCGCACCCGCCGCACCCGCCGCACCCGCCGCACGCGCACCCGCUGCCGCUCGCCCUCAGUCGUUCAGAGAGCUCACGUUCUGUGUCUGAGGAGCCGAUGGAGCAGGAUGAAGGCAAAUGAGCAGUCGAAGUUUAUUCCUAUUUUCCCUCCCAGAAGUCCGCUCCCCGUCCCAUAGACCCCACUCCCGCCCACCUCCCAACCGGCCUCCUCCCCCUCCCCUCCCCCGCACACAACAUUCCGCGCCCCGCGCCCCGUGCGACCCCGCUCCAGACGAAAUCUUAAUUUGAAAGCUUUAAUAUUUUAAGAUUUAUGUACAAACUGUAAACUAUAUGGAUGCGCUCGUUGUGUGACCGGCCGGGGACCGUCCCCGGACGUGGCGUCGACGUCUCCAGAACGGCUCCUCUUUUCACGUUAUUUUGUGGCAUAUGUUUUGUCGACCCGGACUCGCCCGUGUUGUCACACUGGAUCGUGCGGAGCUAGGUCGCUUUUCGCUGACCUUUUGCGUUUGCAGCCCAGCGGGGGGUGGGACCCCAGGGGUGCCGGUCGGCCUUCCUAGCUCCCCGCGGCCGAGUGCGUGCGGCGAGCCGGCCGCCGCGCCGCCGCGCUCGGGGCCGCCGGCUCGCGCACUGGUAUCGUCGUAUGUUUGUCAUUUGUAAAAAAAGAAUAUUUUUUAAUGUCGUUUCGAACGAUUCUUGCCUUUCGCAUGGAAUACAAUUCCGUUCGGACGUGCGAGUGGCUGGGAGAAGCAGCAGCCCAGCGGCGAGCCGGCGCCCGC